ACUUAUACAUAUCUAACUUUUAAUUUUGAUUCUUCAUAAGAGAAACUGUUCGCUUAUUCCCGGAUCAGUGAACAAUAUCUGUAGAACAAGAAAGUAGAGUUUAAGUUAGGUAGCUACAUAUGCAUACGUACUAGCUAGUUGCAUGGGCAUGCAGAAGUAAUUAAUUAACGUAGCACAGUAAGCAAGUGAAGUGAUCACGAUGAUCCAGCAGAUGAAGUAAUUUUCAACUCAAAAUCAAAUCCACGACUUGCCAACUCUAAGGGUGAUGCUAACAUUACAUUCAAGUGCUUAUCUUUCUUCCUUUAUCAUCACUCUUAACCCCCCAUUUCUUAUAAAAACACCACCCUUCUGCUCUCUCCGCAAUCCACGCUUCCUAGUUGCAAUGGCUAUGACUUCAGCCUCAACCACUGGCUCUCACUCCCGAAAUCGAUUCCGUUUCUCGGACGAGGAAAAUGGAGACUAUAAUCAACACAUUGGUGGUCAAGCAUUCUCUGUGGCUGGAAGUGUUGCUAGUGGUUUUGAAGGGCAGGAAGCAUUCUAUGGGAAUGCAGAUAAACGGAAAGAAAAGAGAAGUUUAAUGAGCAAUGACCAAGGAGAAGAUGACUACCUUUUGGCUGAGGGAAGGCAACCACUGUGGCGCAAAGUUCCAAUAGCUUCAAGCUUAAUCAACCCUUAUCGCAUAGUCAUAAUCAUGCGUCUCGUUAUCCUAGUUUUCUUCUUCCACUUGCGCAUCACAACUCCAGUUCAUGAUGCACUUGCCUUGUGGAUAAUCUCUGUAGUCUGUGAAAUCUGGCUUGCACUAUCUUGGAUAGUUGACCAACUCCCCAAGUGGUUCCCCAUUACUCGUGAAACUUACCUUGAACGUUUGUCCAUAAGGUUUGAACGUGAAGGGGAGCCAAACCUUCUAGCACCGGUUGAUAUCUUUGUGACCACUGCAGACCCUUUGAAGGAACCACCUAUUGUAACUGCAAACACGGUUCUAUCAGUGUUGUCUGUUGAUUAUCCUGUUGAGAAGGUUAGCUGCUAUGUCUCAGAUGACAGUGCAUCUAUGCUUCUCUUUGAUACCUUGUCAGAAACUGCUGAGUUUGCCAGAAUAUGGGUUCCUUUUUGUAACAAGUAUAACAUUGAGCCAAGGGCACCUGAGUUUUAUUUCUCUGAGAAACUUGAUUACUUGAAAGAUAAGGUGCACCCCACGUUUGUUAAGGAUCGCAGGGCCAUGAAGAGAGAGUAUGAAGAAUUCAAGGUGAAAAUUAAUGUGUUGGUUGCAAAGGCUCAGAAAAAACCAGAAGAGGGGUGGGUGAUGCAAGAUGGUAAUCCAUGGCCUGGGAACAACAUUGACGAUCAUCCAGGAAUGAUUCAGGUAUGUCUAGGAAGUGCUGGUGCACUGGACAAGGAAGGCAAGGCACUGCCAAGGCUUGUGUAUAUUUCAAGGGAAAAACGUCCUGGCUAUCAACACCACAGAAAAGCUGGUGCCAUGAAUGCUCUGGUGCGAGUUUCUGCUGUGCUUAGUAAUGCACCUUUUGCAUUGAAUCUGGAUUGUGACCAAUACAUCAAUAAUAGCAAGGUUCUUAGGGAGGCUAUGUGCUUUUUAAUGGACCCUCAACUUGGAAAGAAGUUCUGUUAUGUCCAAUUUCCACGAAGGUUUGAUGGCAUCGACUGCAAUGACAGAUAUGCUAAUCACAAUACUGUAUUCUUUGAUAUCAACAUGAAAUGCCUUGAUGGGAUUCAAGGGCCUAUGUAUGUUGGUACUGGAUGUGUGUUCAACAGGCAGGCAUUAUAUGGCUAUGAGCCACCUUCUGAGAAAAGGCCAAAGAUGAAAAGUUGCUGCUGGCCUUCAUGCUGCAGCUCUUGUUCUGGUGACUCUCAGUCCACAUCUGAUGUUGAAGAGAGUGAUCAAGAGCUUGAAGACUUUGAUGAGGAAGAGGAAUUAUCAUUCAUGUCCCUGAAAAAUUUAGAGAAACGAUUUGGACAAUCACCAGUUUUCAUUGAUUCUGCUUUGAUGGAAGAUGGUGGACUUCCGAAAGGCACCAACACCCGAUUACUGAUUAAGGAAGCAGUUCAUGUAAUAAGCUGUGACUAUGAAGAGAAAACUGAAUGGGGAAAAGAGAUUGGGUGGCUUUAUGGCUCAGUCACAGAAGACAUCUUAACUGGGUUUAACAUGCAUUGUAAAGGAUGGAAAUCAGUGUACUGCAUGCCAAAGAAAGCAGCUUUUAAGGGAUCUGCUCCUAUAAAUCUAUCAGACCGAUUACAUCAAGUUCUGAAAUGGGCUUCAGGUUCUACUCAGAUUUUCUUUAGUGGCUAUUGCCCUUUGUGGUAUGGCUAUAGUGGAAAACUCAAAUGCUUACAGAGGUUGGCCUACACCAAUUCCAUUGUCUAUCCAUUCACUUCCAUCCCUCUGCUGGUCUACUGUACAGUUCCAGCUGUCUGUCUUCUGACUGGAAAGUUCAUCAUCCCCACUCUGUCAAACCUUGCUAGCAUUUGGUUAAUGGCCUUAUUCAUCUCCAUCAUCUUAACCUGUGUGCUAGAGCUUCGUUGGAGUGGGGUUAGCAUUCAGGACUGGUGGCGCAAUGAGCAAUUCUGGGUCAUUGGGGGUGUUUCUGCACACCUUUUUGCUGUAUUUCAAGGUCUCCUUAAAGUUGCUGGAGUAGACACUAAUUUCACUGUGAGAGCAAAAUCAGCAAAUGACACUUCUUUUGGACAGCUCUAUCUCUUCAAGUGGACUACUCUUUUCAUCCCUCCAACCAGUCUUGUAAUCUUAAAUAUGGUGGGAAUCGUGGCUGGAAUCUCUGAUGCCAUUAACAAUGGCUAUGACUCAUGGGGACCUUUCUUUGGGAAGCUAUUCUUCUCUUUGUGGGUCAUUGUGCACUUAUAUCCUUUCCUCAAAGGUCUAAUGGGAAGGCAAAACAGAACCCCUACCAUUGUAGUCCUUUGGUCAAUACUUACAGCGAUAAUUUUCUCAAUGAUUUGGGUGCGACUUGAUAUUUUCUUGCCCAAAGAAAGAGGUCCAGUACUCAAACAGUGUGGCAUAAAAUGCUAAGUGCAUGUUUGUGUUAACAUUCUUCCAACGUAAUUUUGCAAAAUGAUCAUGAUCCCUUUUGUUACUUAAGUGUUUAUAGUGUACUGGAAUCACGCUACCAAGAUUUCAACAAAAAUACAAACAUAACGUAAGGUGGUGGAAUGGAGACAAGAAGGGGUAGCUUCCUUCUCACUUCAACAGAACCAGGUUCUUCUGUUGGAGUAUGUUGCGUAUACCUUUAUGAGAAAAGUGAACGGUGUAUAUAUGCACUAUGCAUAAGGAAGUCACCUAGUAGGAGUACAGAUGAGAUUUAUGGUUUUAAGUGUGCAUAUAUACACAAGUUGUGUCCUUAAAGACCACUUGUAAUGUUGAGUGUGCAUAUAUGCGCAAGUUGUGUAUCCUUAAUAGAAUAGAUUAUGAUGCAAGAUUCAUCAUCGUUAAAAACCAAAGAUUCCUUUAUAAGAUAUGAUAUGAUUUCUUUAUCAUUCAAACAUGAAAUAUGAUUUCA